AUGUCAUCGGAAGGAAUCAACCAGAUAAUUGCGUCGCUAGAUAUCAUUUACAACUCGUCGUCCAACAACAACCAGAGACAUGAGGCCCAGGCGUUCCUAGAGUCCAUCAAGAAGCUGCCCGACUGUCCCUUCUGGGGCUACCAGUUGGCGCUCAUCGAUAACAACUACAACAACAUCGUCAGGCACUACGCCCUCAACCUCUUGCUCAACUCCAUCACAGACCACUACAACGAAUGGGACACCCCGAAGAAGUUGGCGGUGAGAAACUGGAUCGUCGAACUCGCCACCAAGGUCUCGAUAAAUGACCCGCAUUACAUCAAGGAGAAACUUGCUUUUCUCUGGGUGGAAAUAGCAAAGAGGUGCUGGGGUGAGUGCCUCUUGAAACAGAACCCCUCCCUCAAUGACUGGAAAACAUCUAAAAACAACAGCAACAACAACGAAAACGUUAUGAGCAACAUACAGUUCACCGAUGAAGAGAAAUUGGACUCCUGGAUAUCAAUGGAUUCCAACCUUUUGGAAUUAUGGAACUAUAGUCCGAUAACGAGAGAGUUGUCCUUGAUUGUAAUGAGAACCCUUUUCGAAGAUAUCUAUUUGUUGGACGAUCCAAUAGUGUCCAAGAGGAAAGCAGUCUUGGUCUCCCUCUGCCCGGAAAUUGUGAUUUCUGAACGCAUAUUGUCGGCGAAAUACGAACCAAAUGAUACUGUCAGGCUCUUUGUUUCCUCGCCCGAAGGUUGGCUAAUCAAAUGGGCACAACUAUUGGACGAAUGCAUCAAAUGUCUGUUAUAUGACUCGAUAGAUAACGGCAAAACCUGCAUAGGCACUACAAUCAAAUUGCUAGAGAUCUUCAAGAUAUCUCUUUUUUGGAUUAUACCCUUAGCUUUGAGAGAAGUUGAUAUUAUUACAAAGCUAUUCCAACUUUUGACAGUUGACAACCUGAAAAUAAAGCUGUUGACCAUUGAAUGUUUUGACUGCCUUUACAAUAAACCCUACUCAAACCCAGAAGAUAAUGAGUGGUUGGUGAAUCUAGCAUUCAAUGAUACCGCCUAUGAGAUCUUUUUCAAAAACUUCAAAUGCAUUGAGUUGGACUCUGAAGAUAUUGACGAUGAAAAAUAUACACUUUUGAAAAAAAUUGUGGAAUUCUUGGUAAUACUUUCAGAUUAUAUUACAAGCAAAGAAUCAAUCAAGACUAAGGAUAGGGACUUGACCAACUUUUAUAAGUUGAUAUUAGAGACAACGAAACACGAGUCACUAUCAAUCAGUGCAAUAUCGUUACAAUUUUGGUGCUCGAUGCUGAGAGCAGAUGAACUCAGUGAUCAAUUAGACUUUGAGUCAAUCAUGCCAGAACUAUUAGAGGUUUGUGCAGACAGACUAAUUAAUUAUAAUGAUUGUGACCCAGAUUCAGUUGCUCUCAAUUUCUUGUCCUUUGAUUUUGAUAAUCAAUCUGACCAGCACUCUUUCCUAAAUGAAUACAAAAAGCUGAUUGAUGACAUAGUCAGAAUCAUUGUUUGUAAAAAGCCAAAAGAUGCACUGAUCUGGUUGGCUGAAAGAUUGAAUAAAUUUUAUUCAAGCCCGAUGGGAAUAGAGAGUUUGCAAAAUGCCAAUCUAAUCUAUAAGGGUAAAGGAUCAGAUUCCUACAUUUACUCAUAUUCUCAGUUCUCAAUUAUUGAAGCUUGCGUUAGAGGUAUAACCAGAUGGCAAAUAUGGUAUAGGCAAGAUGAUGCACCAGAAAUCAAGGCCUAUUUGACCGAACAGGCGGAUAACUUAUGUACUUUAUUGAUGAUGCUAGAGAUAAAAAAUCCGGUAUUAGUGAGGAAACAAAUACAAACUCUAGUUCAAUUCACCCCUUUGCUAAAGGAUUUGAACAAUACAAUGUUCAAAGUCCUAGAAAAAGUUAUCGAGUCUUGCACUUUCCCAUAUCCAGAUAAUGCUUCUGACGAAGAAUUAGAAAGCAUCAGAGAUUUAAGAGCCUCAAGUGGAACUGAACUCAACAGAUUAGCAUAUUUAAUGCCUGAAUCACUAAAAAAUAUUUUCAGUGAAUUAGAAGCAGCCAUUGAUAAUAUUUUGGCGCAAAAAGAGCUGAUAUCACAUGAAGUGGUUGCCUUCAAAUCGUUCCUUUUAGUUGUUUCUCAAAGAUCAUCAUUGGAGAAUAAGACAGAAACAUUCAGCAGAAUUGUAGAUCCUGAAUUGAUGGCAUGGUCUGAUCCAGUCACAAUGAAAGGGUUAUCAGAUUUACAUUGGUUUAUGGAAAGAUUAGGUAUAGUAAAGAUUGCUGAAUAUUUCAGGUCGAGAGGCAUAAGUGCAGCUACCAAUCUCCUUGGAGCCGAAAUGGACGAUAGAGGACGACAGUUGAAAAAAGAGUUAAAAGAUCAAUGGUCAUCUGUUUUUCCUAUUAGAGCAAGUAGAAUCUUGAUUCAAUACAGUAUUGAAAAAUUAGAUCAUGAAUCUGACACUUACAAAAAUCUACUAAAACUUUGGCAGCCGAGGGUGAAGCCUAUUUUACCAUAUAUUCUGCAAUUGAUAUAUCAGAUUCAAGCUUAUCACAACCCUGCAAAUUGGGUAGGUUUGCCUGAGGAAGUGCAAACCUUUGUCAAAUAUAGCACCAUGGAACGAUUCUGGCAGCAGGGAAUAUCCAUCCAAUCGAGAGAAUCAUUCGUUGAUGAAAAUGUCAAGGCUAUGCACACUUUGAGAGACUUUGCUGAUUCCGUUGGCCAUAUUGUCAGGUACACCAGAGAGUAUGCUUAUUUGAUGAUAGGUACUAUUACAGAGUUGGAAGAAACAUUGUACUUUGAGUCCAAGAAUGCAGUUCUAUUGUGGAAAGCUUUGACUGAUGAAUCGGUAGGAAUUACAUUGCAUUCAUGGAGACAUAUGAUUAAUUUGGUUGUCAGAAAUGUCAUCAAGAACUGUCCACUGGAUUAUUUUGAUUUCUUCAUGCCUGUAUUCUUGCCACAAGUUUUCACUAAACUUGAUGAACUUUUAGUUGAGCGUUGGAGUAUCGUUUAUCAGAAAGGUCUCAGAUUGGAUGGCAAUGAGUCAGAUGAACAGUUGAGUGAAGAAAUGCUUGAAGAGCAUAUGUUGCGUCAAUUGACUCAAGUAGUUGAUCGAAUGCUAAUUGAUUUAGCUGGUCAAAAGGCAAGAACAUCGUUGGAUCAACGACAAAGGGAAAGUAGAGAGUUCAUUCUCUAUAAUUUCGAAGUCUUGGAGCCUUUCUUGAAACUAAUCUGCGAUAUUAUAUCAUUCAGAGACACCAGAUGCUCUUUUAAUGCCAUUUUGAUCCUAAGACAUUUAUCACAGGAAUUGAUCGGAUUGAAUAACGAGAAGGUCGACAAGAUUAUUAACGAUUCUGUGAUACCUACGCUAAUCAACCUUCUAUGUGAUAAAUUCUAUGCGGAUGCUCAUUCUGAAGCUGCUUAUACUUUGUCCAUCCUCUAUAUUGGGGAAAGGUUCAAAUCGAACUACCCAUUGCAGCUCUUAAAAAAUGCAUUAGGCUUGAGUGAAGAGACUAUGGCCAAUUUUGAAAGUGUUUUUGGCAAUUGCCAACGGUCACGAGAAAGAAAGAACUGUUUGUUGUCACUUUUCAACAAUGCCAGAAAUGAAGGGAACGACACUUAUCUCGAGCAACGGAACAAGAUGAUUGCAGCUGCUUCAAGAGGUAGAAAAAAGAAUACGGUUGACGGGUUAGAUGCUGGUGGAUUAGGAAGUUUGUUCAAUACCGAAAACCUGUAG